GUCAAGUGUUGACAUGGGGCUGGAAGGUGGCUCAAAAAGAGGCAAAAACAGCAGAUUGUAACAGAAAAACUCGCCAAGAUCUUCAUCCCCUCCCAGUGGAGUCUUCAGAUAUCCCACCGCCGUUCUGUCAAGUUUCUGCCCUGGAUGACCUCUUUUGAACAUUACCCCAUCUUGUUUACUUGAACCUGUUGAAGCUCAGCCCCACAUAAAUCAGGAUCAACACUACGCUGAUGGGAUUUCUAAACAAAUCAGGGGCUGCUGUAAAGCUUUAGGACAAUCAACAACAUCCUGAGAAAUUGUCAGAAUCUGUGCAGAAAUUCCGAUCAGCUAAAACUAAUUCACAACAGAAGAGGAUUAAGCAAUACCCAUAUAUCAUUUACAUCGAAUAGACUCUAAUACGCCUUGUUUUUAUUACUGCAUCAUUCAACCAUGGAGAGUCUAUACAUAGUUGUGUUUUUAUGGAGUUUGAUGAUGGUCCCUUCUAUCAGGGGCCAGGUCAAAAACACUCAUACACUGGAUAUCAAGAUGCCAGGAGCUAGGCCAGCAUAUUCUGAUCAUUACCUGUGUACUACAGUUCCAGUGAACAAAGGCUAUGUAGUUGGUUACAAGGCCUUGGCAGAAGCCUCAACAGCCCACCACAUAUUGCUGUACGCCUGCUCAUUACCGUACAAAUAUAAUGGAGUCUGGGAAUGCGGGUCCAUCUGCAAUGGAGAAAGAGGGAUCAUGUUUGCUUGGGCCAAGAAUGCUCCUCCGCUUCAUCUACCUGAAGAUGUGGGUUAUCAGCUUGGAGAUGAUGUGAAUGUGAACUAUGUUGUUAUGCAGAUUCACUAUGCCCAUGCUAUUGCUGCUGAUGAACAGGCAGACUACUCAGGGAUACAGCUGGAAAUCUCACAACAGCGACAAAAAUAUAUAGCUGGGAUAUUUUUGAUGAUGUCAAUGCGGUCCAUCCCUCCCAAUACCCCAGUGGUUCAUUUGGAUGUAUCCUGUAAAUUUGAAGGCCCAUCUGCCAUUUAUCCAUUUGGAUACAGGACACAUGCCCAUGCUCUGAGUCGAGUCAUUACAGGAUAUCAGAUCAAUGACACCUGGCAUGAAAUAGGCAAGGGAAAUCCACAGUGGCCUCAGGCGUUUUACCCAACUAAGGACAAAAUUGUGAUAAAACCUGGAGAUAAACUGGCGGCACGUUGCACUUAUAAUUCAACUGGAGUAGGGCAUACAGUAUACAUGGGUUCGACAGCUAAUGAUGAAAUGUGUAACUUUUACAUCAUGUACUACACGGAUUCAACAUCAGGGAUGACCAGCGGGAUGUGUUCGCGGAACAAUCUGCCAUCCCUGGUUAAGCAGAUUCCUGCUGACUCUGACAAGUCUCUGCCCCCAAACCCUGUCAUGGACGAGAUAGCCAAGGGCCACCACCACCACCAUGGGAUGACUGGCGGGCACGACCAUCCCUCAGGGGGGAGAGAGGGCGGCACCCAGUUGACACCUGGUCCCCCUGCGUCAGAGGAUCUGACAGCCAUGGUCCCUGCUCCAGACUGGCCAGAACAUGACAUUAUCAUUGGACAGGUCGGAGGCGUAGCCACGGACAAAGACGGAAAUCUCUAUGUCUUUCAUCGCGGGAAGAGAAUCUGGGCGGGAGGUUCUUUCAACGUGGUCAAUAGAUUCUUGCAUCAAAACGAUCCGAUCAAGGAUAAUACUUUGGUGAAGAUGGACAGAGCUGGCCGAGUGCUGAGGCAAUGGGGAGCUGGACAAUUUUACAUGCCCCAUGGGAUAACAGUGGACAGUUCUGGUAACAUCUGGCUUACUGAUGUCGCUCUCCAUCAGGUAUUUCGUUAUCCUCCUGGGAGUGACAAGCCUGACUUGGUGUUGGGAGAGAGGUUUGUUCCUGGUCACGAUGACACACACUUCUGUAAGCCAGCAGAUGUGGCUGUCCUGUCCACUGGAGAAUUCUUCGUGGCUGAUGGCUACUGCAAUGCGAGGAUAAUAAAGUAUUCUAAAGAUGGCCAAUUCCUGAAUUCCUGGGGCAGCACAAGCCUGGGGGAGCCAGCUCAAAAUGAUGGCUAUCCACCCACCAACACAUUCAACAUUGUACACAGUAUCACAGUGGCAGAGGAGAAAAACCUGUUGUGUGCCAGUGACCGGGAAAAUGGAAGAAUACAGUGUUAUGACCUGGAAGGAAACUUCCAGAAGCAAAUCACCAGUCCUCGAUUUGGAGGCCAAGUCUUUGGUGUGGCAUACUGUCCGAAAGAAGGGGGAAUGCUGUUUGCAGUGAAUGGACAGAGCCCAUACCACAAACCAUUAGCUAAUGGAGAGAGAAUCAAGUCUCAGGGCUUCAGUAUUGACCUUAGUUCAGGGGAGAUCACUGGUACUUGGCAACCCUCCAAUGAUAAGAAGGAGUUUUCCUUUCCCCACACUUUGGCCGUUUAUGGAGAACAAGAAGAGGUAUAUGUGGGAGAGAUAGGUCCAAAUAUUGUCUGGAAGUUCAUCAAGGCCUCUACGCUACAAAAUAAGCAUGACAAAGCAGGUUUAGGUGAUCACGAGACAAUGAAGAAGGGAGGUGUUCAUGUGCAUGAGAAUGAAGGACACGAGGAGUCAACAGUGUCUGGUAAACCACAGCCAGAUGAAGAAGAGGAGAACUCCAAGGCCUCCAUCAUCAUCGGGGUACUCCUCAUAGUGCCCAUUGCCCUAAUGAUUGUCAUCACAGUGCUCGCAAGGCUUCAUUCCAAAGGAAAGCUGAGGUGCUGUGCAUUUGGAAAAGGCAAAAAGCCAGUUUUCAACUAUUUUACAUCACACAAAGGUUUUGACCCGCUGAGCACAGAAGACAGUGACCAUGAAGUUGAUCCCUUGAAUGACUCAGAUGGUGAAGAUUAUAGUACCACACCCAAGGCUUAGCCAAUAGCUUAUAGGAAUCUUAAACAAAUCUCAGUUUUUUUGUUUAUUUUCUUCCUGAAUGAGGCAAGCAAACAAUUGGUACUGGAGGCAAAGCCUUCAUGCAAGACUGUUAUCAAUAUCUGAGAGACCAUCUGUGAAUUUGUUUACUUUCAUACUGUGAUACAUGUAUGGAGAUAUUCAUGUCAGUCUUAAAUGAAGGACAGCCACGAAAUCCCACAGAGAUGAAGUCAUUUAAUGAUGAUCAUGACUGAAAGUUUAUGUAACUUUUGUUUUAGAUCUUAAUUUUAGCUGGCUUUUGGGCAGGGAAGCAUUUGUAACUUAGUAAUCUCAUAUCAUUCAGAUACUUGUUUUUGGAAUUACAUGUUCAUAUACAUGUAUAAAUAGUGUCGGGUUUUCAUCUUUAGCCUCUGUUUAAUAGCCAUGCUUUGAAAAUUGUUGCAGUGGAGUUUUUUUUGUAUUGUGUCAUAUGGUUGUUUUUAGUUGUUAUUGGUUUGUUACUUUGUAUGUGUGUUUUUUUCAUAAUGGUUUGUACCAUUCAUUCCUGAACAGAGAAACAUGCUCUUUCAGAAGAACUGUUACCUAAGUUUAUCUUUUGGUAUGGGCUAUUUUUGUAAUACAUACAAUUCACUUUUCAAGGAUUUACCUCCCUUGACAAUUGGUUAUCAGUUCAAUUAUCAAGGCUGUUAGCAUUUUGGAAGUACCACUGUGAUUGAAUUUAAGCAGCCACAGUGAUUGUAACUAAUUUACUAACUGUAACUAAUUUUCCUGUAAAAUUUCUUGUAAGUUUUGCAGUUCGCUUAUUUGCAUUUGGAAACUGACAAAGUAAACAGCAACAUUUCAUAUAUGCUUGCACACUGAAUUAAGAGACAGCGACAGCCUUUAAUUCCUUGAAAAGGUAGUCACCUAUGUAUUACUAAAAUCAGAAUGUAGCUUGAGGACAUCAGGAAACAAAAUGCAGUCCUUUACAUAUAUAUACAGCAGUCAAUAAUAUACAGGUCUUGUUUUAAUCCAAGCGCAAUCCUGUUUAGAACGUAGUACAUGUAUAUAUAAGACUUGUUUUAAUACAUCUGUCAUGUGGGCAUCUCAUGUCGUGUAAAUACAAUAGCGUCCGUAUCAUUACUUAGGAAUUAUUAUAAUUCACUGGUGAAAUAAACUGAUCAGUGUACAUGUACAGACGAAGACCAAGAAUAUUUUGAAAUCAAAGAAUGUUUUGUGUGAAAGGAGGUCAAAAUGUUGUGAUAGCUUGUAAAAUUACCUAGAAUGACCUCUGUGUUUACGCAUCCACCGGAAACGUAAGUGAACUUGAGCUCCGUAAUAGUCUCUGGAAUUCUUCAGUUCCAGAUUUUACAUUUUAACAUAUUAUUAAAGUCUUAUUAAGUCCUUUAAGUAGAUGUCUGUAACUUUCAAGUUUAAAUAGUAAUAACAAAUACUGACACAACUUUAAACUAGGGAUUUUGCAGGAAGGCAAACAAAAUAGCACUUUUUUUGAAGCAUCAGGUAGUUGACUGUGAUCAUUUUUACAGAUUUUCAUCAAACACGGCAAUUUCCCAUCAUACCUCAGUCAUAAUAGUGUACUGUCUGUGCUACAGCGAGUGCAUCACAUCCAGUCAUUUAAGUUCUGUAAGCUUCUUGAGAUUUGCAGAUAUCUACAACUUGGAUUUUUGAGUGUUAGUACAUAUAAUGCGUUGUACCUGAUCUCUGUAGGCACAUCUAGCCUGUAAAACUGCAUGCAUAGCAAAUAGUCUUAUCUGUUCUGAAAACAAUAGAAUAUGUAAAGGUGUAAAAACAAUUUUUUUUUAGAUGCGAAGCAUGUAAUACUAUGGUCUUUUCAGGUAAUUAUACUAUUUUAAUUGGUAUUUGAGUUGUUAUGUAGCAUGUUGUUUAAGUGUCAAAUGUUUAAUUAAAACUGCUUGGGACAUUUUGACUUGUCCCCUAUAAGUGACAAGAGGGAAACCAUUCCUUAACUUCCUGUGCUGCAUAUAUUACAUUGUUUUACAACUGUGUGAAAGCUAACUGUGGCCCUACAGAAGGAUAACUGAGGCCCUACAGAAGGAUAACUCUGGCCCUACAGACUAACUCUGGCCCUGCAGAAAUCAAUAAAUGUGGCCCUACAGAAGACUAACUGUGGCCCUACAGAAGACUAACUCUGGCCCUCAGAAGGCUAACUUUGGCCCUACAGAAAACUAACUCUGGCCUUACAGAAGGAUAACUGUGGCCCUACAUAAGGCUAACUAUGGCCCUACAGAAGGCUGUGGCCCUAUAGAAAUCUAUUAAAUGUGGCCUUACGGAAGGCUAACUGUGGCCCUACAGAAGACUAACUGUAGACCUACAGAAGGCUAACUGUGGCCCUACAGAAGGCUAUUUUAAACUAUGGCCCUACAGAAGGCUAUUUUAAACUAUGGCCCUACAGAAGGCUAUUGUUCAUUCCACAGAAGGCAAUUUUAAACUGUGGCCUUACAUAGAAGGCUACCCUACAGAAAGCAGUGGGUCUUAAAGAAAGUGCACAAAGCCUGCUUGUAAAGGGAGAGUAACAUGCAUUUCCUCAACAUUCAUUAUCUGGUUGCUGUUCUGUUCUUUGUGUGUACAUGUUUAUAUAAAUGUUUAAAGCUCUCAAGCAGUAAAUGUUUUACACUACUAAUAAACUGGAGGUACAUAUACAUGUGUUAUACAGAGCUUCCUUCUCUCUGCCUCUCUCUCCAUCAGCUGUUGUGUUCUUAAAUGAAAAAUACCUGUAUUUUGUUCAUCUCUCAUCCUUAUACUGAAAGAACUCAAUGUUGACAUAUCUGAUCUUUCCUGUUGUCUGAUAAUUUUUUUUUUAUUAUUUUCUCUUUUUUUAAGGAAACUUGCUCAUUUCUACAUCAAAUUUCCUAACUUUGUAUGCAAAUUAUACUAUAGAUUACUUGUUAGACAUGUACAUACAUGUAUAUGGAUAUGAAAAUGUAUUUGAACAGAACAUCUGAACAAAACAGAAUUUUUUACACUUUUGUCUUUUUAUAUUUGAUUAUUAAAAUUCAAGAUAUAUUUAAAAUGCUGACAAAUCUAACUGGGCUGCUCCCUAACAAGUUACAAGUUUUAACAUCAGAGUAUCUUUUUUACAGCUAUUGUUGGAAAUCCAGAGCUGAUCUCUGUGUGAAAGGGACCAUGUUUUUACAAGAAUCAUUGUAUAGAAAAAACUCUGAUUAUCAGUUUUACUGUAGAUGUUACUGUCUUGUGGGCCCAGGUUAUUCAAAAGUGUACUACUGCUUGAAUAGUAUGACUCUUAUCUCCUUGGAGCAGGCCAGCUCUCAGGCCACACCAAUUCAUUAAUUAAAGUUGUUUUUUUACGGGCAAAAUAAUUUUUUUUUAAUGUCAGAGAAUUGUAUGAAACUUUGAAAAAUCAUCUUUUUUUAGACUAUCCUAGCCAUUUUUCCUGCUGAAAACACUUUUACAUCAUCAAAAACAUUAAGCCUUCAAAACAUUAAGAUGUGACCAAAAAAUGGUGGAUUUUCGGCUUUCUUUUUAUUUCAUUUUUGGCUCGUAAAUCUCAAAGUAAAAUUGGUGUCGCCUAAUGCGGACAUUAUUUGUGGUGCUGACUCACUUAAAUAUCGUGCUUAAGUCUCCGGACAUGCCCAUCUCUUAUACAGGGGGCCAACUUUUAGAUAGGUACCAAAACUGCCAAAUUUGAACUUCUAUGCCUGACCUGCAUUGGGAUUGACCUCAUAGUCACCAACUCAAAACUCCUAAUCUCCAGGUCAUUCAGAAAUUAAUCGAAUAAUAAAAAGGUUAAACUUGCAAAGUUUUAUGAUGGAAGUUGUCGAUUAAAUGUUCCAAGGAUUGAUACAUUUUUGAAUAACCAACUAUGCCCACUAUGCUCAUAUUUUGCUGAGACCAAUAACAAUCUGCUUUUUAGCUUUUUAUACAAUGUAUGUUAGGUGAUAUUACUGCACACAAAUCUGACAGUAGGUAUUUGGGUGAUAGAUCUGCAUCAUUUUGCCCCUGAUACGGUUUUGGACUUCUAUUGUUGGAUUAAAUAAGUCGUAUAUGUUUGAUAUUAAAAGCUUAAAAUAUGUUUUAGAUUCAGAAAUAUUCUGCUUAUAGCAUGAGAAUAACUAAAUUCUUGA